AACUAUGAAAUGCUAGCCCUUUUCUUUUGAACUCAUUUAACACAACUUUUAUGGUAUGGAACUAGAGCUUGGCCUUGCUAUUUCAAAUUGUAACCAUUUUCCCACCAAUGGGAUCAAGGAUAGUUUUGAUGAUAGCUUCUCCGCUAUGAAGAUGAAGAUAAAGCAAAAACGAUGUUUUGAAGAGUCCUUUGAGGAUAAAGGAGUAGUGGAACGUAAAACUUUGUCUUUGUUCAUAUGGAAUGGCCAACCAAAUGAAGAUGAUGAUCACCAUGGAAGAAACAAGAAACCUUUUAAUGCUACUUGUCACAAGGAUUUUGAGAAAGAAAAUCUUAAACUACUUGGGUGGCCACCAAUUAACACAUGGAGAAAAAAACAAUUUCAUAAUCAAGGUCAUGCAGGUUGGAUUACAAAUGAUAGAAACAAUAACAAUAACAAUAUUAUUGUUGGAAGAAGAAACUCUAUGUAUGUAAAGGUGAAGAUGGAAGGGGUGCCUAUAGGAAGGAAGGUUGAUAUUAGGCUCUAUCAUUCUUAUCAACUUCUUACCCAAAAUUUACUUCAAAUGUUUUCAAAAUACCAAAAUAGUGGAAAUAAUAGUACGCGCUUUACAAUCUUGUACCAAGACAGAGAAGGAGACUGGAUGCUUGCUGGAGAUGUACCAUGGAAAACAUUCGUGGAGACUGUUCAAAGAAUUGAGAUACAAAAGAAUGAGAAAUGAGGGAAUUAGAUGCUCAACAAAUCAUAUGCUUAUGGAGUAGCAUGGACAAGUGUAUCUUAGAUUUAAGUUGUGAUAUCUAUAGUAGAAAAAAUAUAGCCUUUAUUAAUUAGCUUGUUAAACGUCACAAUUAUGUUGUAAUAUAUAUGCUACGUAUGUCUAGUCGUUUUCCU